UUCCUACGUAGUUUGGCAUCGGAAGGCAAAGUGUUUUCAAACUUUAAAUGGUACAGUUUCGACAAAAUGAAGGGCUAAAUUGGUAAAACUGGCGAAAGCUCCAAAAAAUGGAGGCGCAUGCAGAAUGUGGACGCAGACUGCGCACAACCAGUAGGAGAAUGUACGACGAAAACGAAGACCUCUCUGAUGUGGAGGAGAUCGCUAAUAUCCGAAGUUUUAAUUUGGAAGAGAAGCUUAGAAGCGAAUCAUACAACGCCAGCUACGUGAUGUGGAUGGAAGGAAAAGAUUUUACGUAUGGAUACGUGCAAAGGGAAGCACUCCGGGUUCCUCUCAUAUUUAAAGCCAAAGAUGGACUGGGGAUAAAUAUGCCUGACAGCGACUUUAACGUCAGUGAAGUCAAAGGACUAGUAGGAAGCCGUCGAGCGGUGGACGUGAUGGACGUCAGCACCCAGAAGGGGACGGAGAUGAGCAUGGCGCAGUUUGUCCGAUAUUACGAGACCCCCGAGUCUGAGAGAGACCGGCUCUUCAAUGUCAUCAGCCUGGAGUUCAGCCACACUAAACUGGAGAGCCUGAUCAAGCGGCCCAUUGUGGUUGAUUUGGUCGACUGGGUGGACAACAUGUGGCCACAGCACUUAAAGGAGAAACAGAUUGAAGCCACUAAUGCCAUUUCAGAGAUGAAGUACCCCAAAGUUCAAAAGUACUGCUUGAUGAGUGUGAAGGGCUGCUACACUGACUUUCACAUUGAUUUCGGGGGCACAUCUGUGUGGUACCACAUUCACAGGGGAGGGAAGGUGUUCUGGUUAAUUCCUCCAACGCCUCGUAAUUUGGAGCUGUACGAGGAGUGGGUCCUGUCCGGGAAGCAGAGCGAUGUGUUUCUGGGAGACAGAGUCGAUGGGUGCGAGAGGAUUGAACUGAAGCAAGGAUACACGUUCUUCAUCCCAUCAGGGUGGAUCCAUGCAGUCUACACUCCAGAAGACACUUUGGUGUUUGGUGGCAACAUUCUGCAUAGCUUUAACAUUCCCAUGCAGCUGACCAUCUAUGAGAUUGAGAACAGGACAAAGGUUCAUGCCAAAUUCCGCUACCCUUUCUACUAUGAGAUGUGCUGGUAUGUCUUGGAGAGAUACGUGUACUGCUUGACUAAACGCUCACAUCUCAUCAAGGACUUCCAGAGGGAUUCAAUGUUAAUUGAUGCAGACAGGAAACCGAGUACAGAGAGCUUCUCUUCGGAUUCUCGACUAGACAUGGACGAGGAGUCGGGCGAUGCUCUGGUGACAGAGGAGAGGCUGGAGGGGCUGGAGAAGAGCGUCCGGUCCUCGCUGGAUGGCUCCUGCUCCCCAGAGACCAAAGACAAGAAGCACAAACCUUCGGGCGGUGGGAGCCGCCACAUGAAACGGACUCUGUCAAACGACUCCGACGACAGCACCAAGUCGACCGCGCCGCUGGACUUCCCCAAAACUCCAUCGGGAUCCCCCGUUUCAGAAGCGUCAAGCAAGUGGACCCACCUGACGGAGUUCGAGCUCAAAGGGCUGAAGGCGCUGGUGGAGAAGCUGGAGUCCCUGCCGGAGAACAAAAAGUGCGUCCCUGAGGGGAUCAAAGACCCACAGGUGCUGCUGGAGGACAUGAAGGUUGUUCUGAAGGAGCACGCAGAUGAUGACCCCAAGCUGGCUAUUACAGGGGUGCCUGUGGUGUGUUGGCCCAAGAAGACAGUAAAGCAGAGGGGCGGGGGGAGGCCGAAGGGGAAGCUGGGUGCCUCGGCCGCGGUCAAGCUGGCCGCAAACAGAGCCUCUGCGGGGGCGCGGCGAAGGAGGACACGAUGCCGCAAGUGCGAAGCCUGCCUGCGGACCGAGUGCGGGGAGUGCCACUUUUGCAAGGACAUGAAGAAAUUUGGGGGGCCGGGCAGGAUGAAGCAGUCCUGUAUCAUGAGGCAGUGCAUCGCGCCUGUGCUCCCCCACACUGCGGUGUGCCUGGUCUGUGGAGAGGCUGGCAAGGAGGACACUGUAGAGGACGAGGAGGACAAGUUCAACGUCAUGCUGAUGGAAUGUUCCAUUUGCAAUGAGAUCGUGCACCCUGGCUGCCUGAAGGUGAAGGACGCAGGCGGGGUGGUGAACGACGAGCUUCCCAACUGCUGGGAGUGUCCGAAAUGCAACCAUGCCGGGAAAACCGGGAAAGUCUACAAGCAAAAGAGAGGUCCGGGGUUUAAGUACGCCUCCAACCUGCCUGGAUCACUGCUGAAGGAGCAGAGAGUGAGCCGGGACACCAAGGAGGAGACGGAGGCUGUCGCGCCUGUCAAAAGGAAGGUGGAGUGCGAGGAGACUCCCAAACGCAAAGCCCUAGAGGAGCCGGCCAAGAAACGAGCGCCUCCAGACGCCCUGCCCAGGAGGAAAACUGAUGAGGGGCUGCUGAGGAGGAAGAGGAGGCAGUUUGACAAGAGCACGGAGCCCAGCAUCAGGAAAAAGAGGAGAUCUUGGAAGACCCCAGACGACCGCAUGCUGAUCCCCAAACCUCUGCGGCAGAUCAAAACCGAGGAGGAGGAAGAAGAGGAAGAGGAAGAGGAGGAGGAGGAGGAGGAGGAGGAGGAAGAGCAGGAGGACGUGGAGAGGGAGGAGGAAGACGAAGUCUGCUGGGAGGGAGGGGGUAAUCUCUCCGAUCGCACCCUGAAGACGAGAGAGAGUGACCAGUCCCGCUCCAGCUCUCCGCAGGCCGGGCCCAGCAGCGAGGGAGGCAACGAGCCCCACGAGAAGGGCAGGCUCCGGGCGCGGCGGAAACGCAGGCUGGCCAACAAGGAACUGAGCAAAGAGCUGAGCAAGGAGCUCAACCUGGAGAUCCAGAAGACAGAGGACUGCCUGGCCCACGAGAACUGCCAGGCACUGAAAUCAGAGCCGGAGAGCGAGAACGAAGAGCCCAAGAGGAAUAAUGGCAGCAGCAGCAGCAGCAGGAGCGAGCGGCUGCACAGGAGCGCACGGGAGAACGGGAACACGAGGGAGCUAAGGAACCAUCCCCGACUUCAGCAGCUCUCCCCCCCCAGCACUCCCGUGUCUGCCCGCCCCCCUUCCUCUCACUCCCCCCCGAAGUGCAUGCAGAUGGAGCGUCACGUGAUCCGGCCGCCGCCCAUCAGCCCUCCUCCUGACUCCCUGCCUCUGGAAGACGGGGCGGUGCAUGUGAUGCGCAGGGAGGUGUGGAUGGGUGUGUUCGGGUACCUGUCCCACAAGGAGCUGUGUGUCUGCAUGAGAGUCUGCAAGACCUGGAAUCGAUGGUGUUGUGACAAGAGGUUCUGGACAAAAAUCAAUCUGAACCGGUGCAAAUCAAUCACUCCUCUGAUGCUCAGCGGCAUCAUCAGGAGGCAGCCUGUGACCCUGGACCUCAGCUGGACGAAUAUAUCAAAAAAACAAUUAAGCUGGCUCAUUAAUAGAUUACCAGGUCUGCGGGUGCUGCUGUUAUCAGGGUGCUCCUGGGUGGCAGUGUCAGCACUCUGCACGUCUAACUGCCCCUUGCUGCGGACCUUGGACGUCCAGUGGGUCGAAGGGUUAAAAGACACUCAGAUGAGAGACCUGCUCUCGCCCCCAACUGACAACAGACCAGGUCAAAUAGACAAUCGGAGUAAACUGAGGAAUGUUGUAGACUUGCGUCUGGCGGGAUUGGAUAUUACGGACGCUUCGCUUCGUCUUAUAAUCAGACACAUGCCUUUACUUUCCAAACUGGAUCUCAGUUACUGUAACCACAUAACUGACCAGUCUAUUAACAUUCUAACUGCAGUGGGCACCACCACUCGGGAUUCCCUAACAGAGAUUAAUCUGUCAGUUUGCAAUAGGGUUACUGACCAGUGCCUGACCUACUUCAAACGCUGUGGAAACAUCUGUCACAUUGACUUGCGGUACUGCAAACAAGUGUGCAAGGAAGGCUGUGAACAGUUCAUAGCAGAGAUGUCUGUAAGCGUACAGUUUGGACUGGUAGAGGAAAAACUACUGCAAAAACUGAGCUAGUUAAUAAUGGACAUUUUUAUAGAUUUAAAAACAAAACACUGGAAUCAUCUCAGAUGAUGCAGCAGCACAUGCAAGCUCUGAAAUUCAAUUACGUUUUAAACUUCUCGGGAUUAUUCACAUAUUGAGCGAGACUUAAAAAAAAAAAAAAAAAAAAAAAAACAUGCAAGUGUUUUAGUUGCAACUGAAGAUUCAAGAUCAGCGUUCAUACUAGUUUACAUUCUGGAUAUUAAACACGUUCAAGGAAAUGGAUGCAUACCGUUGUUCUGUCCAAGUUUCAGAUGGGCUUUACAACACUGGGCAAAACUUGGCUUUGUGGAGUGAAUGUCAAUAAAAGCAUGUGUUUUGUACUGUUAAGAUUUAAUCUUUUAAGUUGUUUUAAAAUAUAUAUAUCUAUAUCUCGAUGUGUCUAAACAAAAAAGGACCACACAGUGCAGUCAUUUUUUUUUUACCUUGUUUUAUUACUGUUUUGUUACAAUACAAACCUCAUGCAGAAAUAUUUUUGUAUAAAAAAAAAAAUAAAAAAAAACCCACUUGUCUAUUUACAGCUAUGGCCAAAGGUUUUGCAUCACCCUAUAGAAUGAUCUAAUUUUGCUUUAUAAAUACGAAUGAAACCUCCUGACUAAAGUUACGUUAACAUGUUAAAUGAACAAAUAAUUGAAAAAAUAUGAAACAUGAAAACACAAUUUCCCAAAAGACAUCACAAAUCUUGACAUGUGUUACUCAAUCAGAAGUAAUCAAAAGGUGACAACAAUGAGAAGUGGUAACAAGAUGAUUUAAGCUAUAUACUGUAAGCAUGAUUUUUUGCAUAGAUUUUGUAACUUUGGGGCAGAAGCCAUACCUCCUCGGAAACACGCGAUCAUCGCACUUCAUAAGGAAGGUUUUAGCAGCUGUCAGAUAGCCAGUCAAGCUUUAGAGCUAGGACGGCCAGCAGUGUCCGUUUACUGCGACAAUGGAAAGAAUUUGGAGGGAAGGCGUCUCUUGCAGAAUGGUCUGGUGUCAGGGAGGCCUGCUAAGCCCCUUCUGAGCAAGCAAAAACAUUAAGAGAUUGCAUUUAGUUUUGCCGCACAUGCACAGACUGGGCCAAAUUCAUUUUCUCAGAGUCCCCCCCUUGAGCUGUUUUGGAAACCGAGGUGGAUUAAGAGUUCGAAGAAAGGAGAAAGAUGCAUGCCAGAGUGUACUGACCCAGAGAUGAAGCAUCUGGAAACUGUCCAUAUCUGGGGAUGCAAGGGCUGGUACCUGAAAGCACUCCAACACAGCCUCCUCCCUACGGCUCAACCAUUUUCCCCGACGGUGAUUUCUACUCCCAAGAUGACAGUGCUUCUUCCAUGGAGCCAAACAAGUGAAGAAAUGGGUAGGUGACAGCGUCACACCACUACAAUGCUGGCAUUGAAAUUUGCUGUAUCUCAAUUAUAUUGAGAAUGUUUGGGGUCUGAUAGGGCAGCAAAUCAGAAAAGGUCAACCGUGCAACUGAAACAAACUGGAAUCCAGUGUAAAGGCUGCAUGGAUGAAUCUAAUGUGCAACUCAACCCUUCGGCGCCUCACUGAGUCCAUGCCUGAGAGGACUAAGGAAGUCUUGGAAUGCACUGCAAAUACAAAGUACUGUACUACUAUUCCAGUAGACUUUUUUUUGCAAUUUUAUCAUUUUAUAGUUUUAUCGAGUUUACAUAAA